UAUACAAGGUUAGGAUAAAAUGUGGCGCCAUAUUUUUCCCGCGGAAAAAUAGUUAGGGUUUAGUCUAAGGUACAUGAACUUGGGAUAAACAUGGGUAGUUAUUAAACCUAAAAUUAAAAAUAUACUUUUUUCGAUUGAAUAAAAAAUUGAGUGCUAUUAGUAAAUAUUUGCUCAUAUUAAUAUUUGAUACUUCCCCAUACACGUAGUACACAGCUAGAGUCAGCUGGCGUUUGGCUUUACUAAGUAAGGUUUUUUAUUUUAAAUAUUUUCGUUAUUUCUGAAAAUGAUAAAGAAAUCACUAAGAUAAAGAAUAGAAAGUUCAACUAGUUCCUACCAAAAAUAUAAGAUAUCAAAAAUCGAGUUAUUAAUGGAGAUAAUUAUUAAGUGGCCCAUUCAAGCAUUAAUUCGGCGAUCAUUCCCAGUAGGGUUUUGUAAUCUACAUCCUUGGUUCCCCAAAAUUUCCAGCAGUGACAAUGACGUCGGAGGCAGACCCACCAUUGACGUCGGAGGAAGUCCUACUAUUGACGUCGGAGUCAGUCCAAGAAAACGCUGGUGCCGGAGCCAGUCACACCACCCAUGAAGAUAAUGUCGCUGAUCUCAUAUUUCUACAGCAUGAAGAUAUUAAAAAAAUGAAGUUCGAUGAUACAGAAGAAGCCUAUGAUUUCUACAUGGACUACGGGUUAGUCAAAGGCUUCGACAUCAGAAAAUCAGACAUUGGUCGUGAUAAGAACAAAGUUAUGAUAUGGCGUGACUACGUAUGCUCUGGCGAGGGAAAGAGGCGCAUGAAGAGCACAGAAUGAAAGAGAGAAGCAAGAGGGGAGACCAGAUUUAACUGCAGAGCCAAGAUGCGUGUUAAACAAGACAAUGUCGAUGGGAAGUGGUAUGUGAACUAGUUUGAUGAUGUACACACACAUGAAACGAUCCCGAGAGAAUAUAGACACUACGUGAAAGGGAAACAUCGUAUGAGUGAUGCAGUCAAAUCAGCGAUAAAUUUUAGAAGAGCUG